CACCCUUCUAUAUUCUUUCUCUGCAAAAAAACAUAGACCUCCCUUCAAUCUUCCUUCUUUGGAGCUAUCUCCAAUCUAAGUUUGAACAGCAACAACACAAUUAAAUGGAAAAAGUUUGGAAAAAUUAAGAUCCAUUGAAUGAUGAUGGAUCAACUGCCACUAUAUCCUCCAUCUCACCGUCGAUCCAACACCAACAACAACAUGAAUCAUCACCUCACAGCAAUCGAAUCUCGCCGGAAAUUAUAUCUCCUUCAGUAAUCGACCCACUUCCUCUGUUCACUUAUUCUUCCAAUUCCCGCCGCUCCUCCGUCGUCACCGCCGCUGAUUGACCCCUCCCUCAGGUCAGAAAAACCCUCAAGGCCAUCGACCCCUCUCUCAGGUCUCUACUCGUAAAACCCAAAUCUCUUCACGCCUCAGAUCUAUCUCCGAUUUCUCUCUUCACACCUGAAAUCCCCAAUCGCCACUCUUCACACACCUUAAAUCCCUCAAAUAGAUUUCUUCAAUUUCCCCAAUCUCACGAACGAAAAAAUGGAUGUGAAGACAGAGUUAUGAUGACACAGUGGUAUACAAGAGCAGCCGCGAAAGGUGUGGUAAUUAGUGGACAAUUGUGGCAACCAAAUCGUAUGCUGAGGAUGUCAACUAACUGUAACAACGACAACACCAACAACCGUGAUGACCUGAAUUCCAUUUUCAAACAGAAACGAAUUCUUCGAACUCAGGUCAGAAAAACCCUCAAGGCCAUCGACCCCUCCCUCAGGUCUCAACAAGACAAUGCUAUUCAAGACAUAAUUUUGGGAGCUCCGUGGUUCAAAUCAAGCCUUAGGCUAUGCGCAUACAUUAGUUGUAGUGCUUUACGAGAAGUUGAUACUUUCAAACUCUUAUCACAAAUUUUGCAGCCUCCACCCAGUGGUGGUAAAAAACUAUAUGUACCACGGGUGGAGGAUAAAAAUAGUAACAUGAGGAUGCUUAACGUAUCGCGUAUUGAUGAUCUUGUUGCAAACUCAAUGAACAUCUUAGAACCAGAUCCUGUCGAUGCUGAUGGAAAUGCACGUGAAGAUGUUUUGCAGGCGAAUGAACCAGUUGAUAUUUUGCUUUUACCUGGGUUGGCAUUUGACAAAUCUGGACGACGUUUAGGCCGUGGUGGAGGUUACUACGAUACCUUCUUGAAAAAUUAUCAGGACCUUGCAGAGACUCGGAAUUGGAAGCAGCCCUUGCUUGUUGCACUCUCAUAUUCACAACAAAUACUAGAUGAUGGUGUGAUACCAGUUACUUCAACUGAUGUUCUAGUUGAUGCUCUUGUAUCUCCAGAACGUGUAAUUCCCAUCAGUUCUGCUGCCUUCAACAGAAUGGAUAUCUGAGCUGGACUUGAAGCUGAUGCUGAACCCUUUCAAUGGAUUAUGUAUCAUCUUCAAUAAAAUUUUAUGGUUCAUUAAGUAUUCGGCGCUAAUGGAGGGUUGGAUCCGGAGCUUUUUGUGUAACAAGUAAAAAGAGCAACCAAUUAAGCAAAUAAAAUGUUUAAUGCGGGGUCUUGACACGUUAAAAAUUAAGUGGUACCCCUACUAAAUUAGUGAUUUGUUAGAAAUAUUUGUAAAAACUAGAAAAUAUAUUGCAUAUUCAAUUGUAUUUUUAUUUACGUUGUUAGCUUUAAUUUUAUCUAUGGCAACUGCAACAGUUGAAGUUGAACUGGCAUAAAGAGUGAAUUGUUGAAUGCUUGUUUGGUCAUAUAUGUUCAGAUAUCUUCACAAUUUUAGACAUACAAUGAUAUAAUUUUGUAUUCUCUAAAUUUUUA